GCAAACGAUGUGCUGAAGAUACUCAAAGCAAUCAAUUUUGACCCUUGGGUGGAGGAUCUUUUCACCGAUGCCUUCAACGCCGUUGGCCCGGUACUAAUGAUGUCCAUUCACAUCUUGGUUAUUAAUUGUCUCAUGCAUAAUCCUGACGUCUUUGCCGAGCGCCAACUGCGGAGAAGUUCAAGGCGGAUUCGACGUUUAAAAAUAUGAUGAAGUAUCUGAUUGACCAGACACUCAUGAGGCGACGCACGGUAAAACGAUCUACCAACGAUUGGGAUUGUGCAGCGUACUUGGAUGAAGAGGAGGACGACGACACAGAGCAGCGGCGCCCCAGCAGAUCACGAAGAAGCCUCGCCCAUCCACAUCCAGGAACUGCACAAUCAUCUCACCCUGCACCAUCAACGUCAAGAAGACGUGUCCCUCUGCCCUCCACCUCGACAGACAGAGCUGACAGAGGUUCAACUUCAAGGAGACGUAGAACGUCGUUUGAUGUAAGUGGCAUAGCUGCCCUACCUAACUCCGAUAACGAAGACGAGCAACCGCUGGCCAGGCACAGGAAAAAAAUGCGAUGUGUCCCCAGCCCUGUCCACAAAGACGAGUGCUCGCAGGACAAU